UUUACACCUUUAUCGAUCUUCAAAACAUCAGAUUCCUGCAUUAGAAGUUUGUCCAUGCUACCUAAAAUAAAGUUUUACCUCAGCUUAACGUGGUAGGCUACAGCCAGAACCCGGAGUGGAUCCGGUGCGUAGUGAUUACAGAACGCUUACAGUGAAGAGAGGAACGUGUUUUGGCUCCACUCCAGGCUUUGAUCACAUCCCACUUAACAAGGUCGUCUUAAUGAAAGUGAAUUUAAUAAUUUUCCAGUUGACUGAAAUCCGUCUAGCGACUAAAAACUUUAAUUUGUGAACAUGGUUACACUUUUACCACAUUAAAACCAUGGUUAAUUUUACCAUAAUGCGUUAUUAAUUGUUCAAUUCAUUAAAAUACAUUGCAGUUCAAUUGUGUAUGCAGUGUUUGAAUCAACAGUGAAUAUCUACAUAUAUUUUAAUAUUUGGUGCAGAUCAUUACACUGUUUAUCUUAUAUCGUGUACACCCUCACUCACUGUACACCCUAAAUCUGCCUCUAGAUCUGUAAAGCAGUGAUCGUCUUCUGUCUCCAGUACAGCAGGAGGCGCUGCAGCUCUUUAGUCCGCAGAUAAACUCACUAAAGAAAGAAGGGAAGAGCGAGGAGGAUGUUGAAUUGCAUAUCAAAUUAGCUAAAUCAGAAGGUAAGAGUAUAGUUUGGAGUGAAACGAUGGAGAAAUGGCAGCAGCAAUGGAGUAAUGAAAUAAAGGGAAGACAUUGUUGUUCCAUACAAAGUAGUGUAGGUGGCAUUAGAGGUAAGGGGAGAAACAGGAAAGAGCAAGUCAUUUUAAGUAGAUUAAGAUUGGGACAUAGCAACCUAAAUAGCACUCUUCAUAUUAUAGGAAAGCAUCCAACAGGUUUGUGUGAUUAUUGUCAGGAAAAGGAGACUGUGGAGCAUAUCCUUAUAUCAUGUGGGAAAUAUAAUCAGGAAAGGCAAGAAGUGAUGGCACAGCUACAGAGUAUUGAGCAAAUAGAUGUAAGUGUUAAAAAUAUCUUAUAUUUAGCGGGAAAGGGACAAGGAGCAAGUUAUUUUUUUGACUAUUUAAAAGAAACUGGACUGGAUAAGAGAAUAUAGGAGGAGACAAAUAUGAGCAGAAGAUGGCAGUAGUGCAACAAACUGGAUGCAAGCUGCCGCUAAACACCAAAGAAGAAGAAGAAGGGAAGAGCGCGCGUGUGAUGUGUUUGUGUAUCCUCUGUGUUUUUCUCUCUUGCGUGUUUCAUUGAGUGUAAACAGAGUCUUGUCUCUGUGUAUUUAAGUGUUGAGACGUUGAUGUUGAGAUGUGCUGUGAAUGAGUAGGAAGUGAUAUGUCCAUGCUGGAUGUAUUGAUGAUUUCAUCACAGAAAUCUCUCAGCUGAAGAAAGAGGUGGCGUUACUGGAGACAAAGCUGACGUUAAGAGGAGAUUUAGCAAUGAAACAAGAGGAUGUGGAUUGUUGUGAAUCUUCAGUGUAUGUGACUGAUGAUGGGAGUCUGGAUUCAGUGUGGAUGAGCAGAGAUCAGAGCCGCACACCACAGCCACUGCUGGACUCUAAACUCUCUGAAGAGAAAUCCAGACACACACAGGACUCCGAGCUCAGUCUGACUUUACUCUGUUAUACUGAGUCAAAGCCCACAGACACUCAGGACACUACAGUGUGUGACAGUAAACAGAGCUUACAGGAAGAUCAAACCUCCACAGAGUCUCUGGAUUCUGUCUGUAACGCUGGAGAACAGCAGCAGAUCCUGCAGACCAAACUGAAGAUGUGUUCAGUUAAAAUCAUCGACUGCACGAACCUCAUGAUGAAGAUUAAAACUGAACCCACAGAAAUCAAAACUGAACCCACAGAAAUCAAAACUGAACCCACAGAAAUCAAAACUGAACCCACAGAAAUCAAAACUGAACCCACAGAAAUCAAAACUGAACCCACAGAAAUCAAAACUGAACCCACAGUAGAGGAAGAUCCCACUGAGGAAGAUGAUGAUUUUAUUCCAUCAGAUGUGAAGAGGGAUUCAUGUUUGGAUAUAGAAAUAACGUCCUCAACAUCAAAAGAGCGACUGACAGCACAAACUCUUUCCUGCAUCACCUGUGGAAAGACAUUCAGCUCACAGAGACAUUUAGAGAGACAUGAGAGAAAACACACAGAACAGAAACUCUUCACCAGAUCUGAGAUCAGCUUUACUACCUUACAAGAGAAGAAACUUCAUUCAGAAGACCACAGAGAGAAGAAGAAGAAGAAGCAGCAGUUUCACUGUGAGCAGUGUGGGACGAUUUGUGUCUCUUCCUCUGAUCUAAAUGUUCACAUGAGGACACACAGUGAUGAAAAGCCUUUCAACUGCACUGAAUGUGGAAAAUACUUCAGAACCAAAGACAAUCUUCAAGUUCAUCAGAGAAUUCAUACAGGAGAAAAACCUUACGAGUGUCCUCACUGUGAGAAGAGAUUUAGGCAUAAAUGUGGUUUGAAGAGACAUGUGCUUUUACACACCAAUGAGAGACCGUAUCAGUGCAGUGAAUGUGACAAAACCUUUAGGGAUUCAUGUUCAUUAAAAUCACACCAGAAUAUUCACAUUAAAGAGAAACUCUAUCAGUGUUUACACUAUGAUAAACGUUACAGUCAUAAAUAUCAGCAGAUUGUCCAUGAGAGAGUUCACACUGGAGAAAAACCUCAUUACUGUAGUCUCUGUGGGAAGAGUUUUAGUCAACAUGAAAGUUUAGUGACACACCUGAGCGCUCAUACAGAUAAAAAACUUUUCAAAUGCUCUCAGUGUGACAAGAUGUUUACUUAUUCAUGUAACUUAAAAGUCCAUCAGAGAGUUCAUACUGGAGAGAAACCUUACGUCUGCGCUCACUGUGGAAAGAGCUUCUAUGAUUCAUCUCAUUUAAGAGUUCAUCAGAGAAUUCACACUGGAGAGAAACCUUAUCACUGUAGUGUCUGUGGGAAGAGUUUUAGACAAGUGUCUGCAUUACUAAAUCACAAGAGUAGACACACAGGUGAAAAAACUUACAAAUGCUCUCAGUGUGACAUGACAUUUCAAUAUUCAGGUCACUUGAAAGCCCAUCAGAGAGUUCACACAGGUGGGAAACUUAACAUCUGCUCUCACUGUGGAAAGAGCUUCACUAAUUUAUCUAAUUUAAGAAUUCAUCAGAGAGUUCAUACUGGAGAGAAACCUUAUCACUGUAGUGUCUGUGGGAAGAGUUUUAGUCAAGGGUCUUCAUUACUAAAUCACAAGAGACUUCAUACAGGUGAAAAACCUUACAAAUGCUCUCAGUGUGACAAGACGUUUGCUCAGUCAGGUUCCUUAAAAUCCCAUCAGAGAGUUCAUAUGGGAAAAAAAAUCUUAAGGGUGACAGAGAAUGAAAAAUCAUUUUUACCUUGUGUUAAUUGAAUAAACAGUAAUUACCUGCAUUUACGAACAUAGGAAGAGUGCUAGACAAUCUGAAAAUCUCUGUUUCAUAGAAAUUCCUACUCUAGAAAUAUCUGCCAAAAAAUGACCCAAUCUGAACAAUGGAUACAUGUUACGUAAAAUGGAUCUCACUGCUCCCCCACUCUCAUUAUUUCCCCCCUCCCUUCAAAAUAAUUUUGUACAAUUUUUUUCUGUCCUUGUUCUGAAGACUGUGAAGUUUACAUUCUUUUGAGUGGCAGCAAAGGCAGCCAAUCAGCAUCAAGUGCUUGCAUUUCAUAAUAAGGUUGCCAGUUAAGCCAGAAGGGAAGCCAAACAGGUGCAAAACCACACAUUUAAAAUCCUCCGCCAUAAUAUAGCUAUCUGACAGAUAGGAAGCUUACCCAAACAAAAUGUUGUUGUCUACAUGUCACAUCACAGAACAAGAAUAAAUACCCCAUUCAAUCAUUCUAUGUCAACUUUGAAAGGAAUGAUUUAGAUAAUUUACUCAGCCCCAUGUCAUCCAAAAUGUUGAUGUCUUUCUUUGUUCUGUAGAGAAGAAAAAAGGUUUUUCAGAAAAACAUUGCAGGAUUUUUCUCAUUUUAAUAGACAUUAUUGGACCCCAACUGUUUACAGUUUCAACGCAGUUUCAAAGCUGGUGGCUUUGUAGUAUUUACCACAGGACUUUGUUGUCACGUAUGUAAUAUUACUGCAGUAUUCCUGUAAUAUUCUUGUGGUAUUACUUUCAUAUUUCUGUUGUAUUUCAUCUUUUACCCUGUCUGUCAAUAAAUGUAAGUAAAAUACAAGA